UUGGACGUUCUAAUUUCUGAUCUGGUCUGAGAUCAGCAGCAAUAACAGAAAAUAAUAAUAAUCACCCUGAAGCCAGUGGAGGGAGGGUCCGGCCCCAACAACAGCCGCUACAGCUUGCAAUGGUGCAUAUCUUCUGAGAAGAACAGACACACCACCACCACCUCCUGCAUCUUUUUUUUAAUUUCCAUUUAUAAUAUUGUUGUUGAUUUUAAUUAAAACUACCUCACAGACUGCCUAAAGCUGGUGCUUUACGAUAUUUAAAAAAAUCUUGUGGGUUUCUUGCGGUGUUGUUUACAAAAUAAUUGCUGACAGUAAAGGCAAGGCAUUUGCACUGAAGCCAAGUGAAGAACCUCAUGAUUGCACUAUACAUAACUCAACUCAGCUAAGCUUUCGCUAGGAAAGAAGGGGUUCCUGCCCUUCAGAAGGACUCGUCCACCCAGACAGGACUCUGAAGUGUAACUCUCCCACCAGCAACGUCCAUCUCCGUGCUCUGAGGCGGGCACUCGACGCUGGGUUUUUCUUCUCUCUUCACAUCAAAGCUCACCUUGGAAACCAUUCCCCAGCCAUGUUCCAACGCCUCACCAGUCUCUUCUUCAGUGACAGCAGCACACCUGAGGGCCUGGAGGAACCCAAACCCUUUGUCUCUGAGGAGGAGGAAGAGGAUGGAUGGCUCAUUAUUGACCUUCCAGCUAGUUACACUUCAGCCCCAAGCGAAGAGCAGCGGGUAGGUGAGAGGGAUUCCGUUUGCACUUCCCAGUCCUGUCCUGGGUCCCCCCCACCUACCACUUCGUCUCCCCACUCACUCAGUGACUGUGUCGGCAGGCCCGUGCCCUCCCAGCCCGACCCCUGCUUGAUGGACGAGAGUUGGUUUGUCACCCCUCCCCCCUGUUUUACUGCAGAAGGCCCCGACCCCGUCAGGUUGGAGAGCAGCCCCAUGGAGGACCUCUUGAUCGAACACCCCAGCAUGUCCGUCUAUGUCACCAGCAACAGCAUUGUGGUGGAAAGGGAGAGCCCUGACGAACCGAUCAGUGAAGGGGAUGUGCCUGAACCCCGGCUGGAGCGCCGCACCCCGCACCACCUCACCUCUCUCACAGUGAAAGCUGCCAUCUUGGAGAAGGUCAGCCAAGUCCGUCGGAUCCAGCGGGCAAAGCAGCUGGUGGAGAAGCACAAGCUCAGUCAGAAGGUCAUGCAGCGGCAGAACCGCGCCAGAGAACGCCACCCCCGGCGGGCCAAACACCAGGGCAGCUUUGUCUACCAACCAUGCCAGCGCCAGUACAACUACUAAACUACUUCAGGAAGUCUGCACCGUGGGGCAUUACCCUUUUAACUCUCAAGCUUCACGUCCCAUCUUGCGAUGUUUUCUCCAGUGGAGGUGUCUUCAUCCUUUCUCUGGAAUAAACCUACCCCAUGAGAGACGCUUUUCAAUUUCUUCUGAACUGGUGAUGCUCCACACCAGAUCCUUGCUGGGCUCUCCUUCGGUUUCACUCCCCUUUUUACACUAGCAUAUAUUUACUUACCUAUUAUUUUCUUCCUUCUCCACUUCAAUACCUGGCACUCCCCUCUUCCCCACCACUGCAGCUUUUGCUCUGGUGCUGAGCAGGAGAGAAGGCCAGCACAUCACCCUCACGUAACCUAACAACGCUGGGGGACAGCUUUUAAAUGUCAAGAAACGAUUUAAAAGAAUCAGUGCUAAAGUGUCUGGAAAAACUUGUGUCCAACCAGUUAUCCUCGGGAAAAUGAUUUCUGAUGGGAGGUAUUUCCCCAGCUUCCCCCUCCCUCCCCAAUACUUGAGUAAGUUCUUCCAGCUUCUCUUGCAACGGUUACCAGUAUUUGAAUCCGAGUUUGGUGUUCCCAGUGAAUGCUCUACUUUUCACUAAGCUUAACACCAAUGUUACGCUGAAUUUAUGGGAGGGUGAAGAUGCCCCAUCAUUUCCUUUGUCCCUUGCCAUUGUAUUGGGAGCCUGUGACAUCAGUGCCUUUCUUUAUGACAUCACACUCUUCUCCAUGGAACAGAUUGUGAUGUCACAAAUGGAGAUACCAGGUUCAAGUGCAAACCGGAACAAGUUAACAACAAAAUUGGCCCAAAUUCCAGGAAAAUGUAACAAUUUAUGUGGAAUAAGGACGGUCCCCCUCCCCCUUUAAAAACUGGAUUGUAUAUUAGAUCCUUUCUUUGAAUUAACCUGGGAGCUGGGAUUGUGGUGUUACUGAUGAUCCUUGCUUGCAUGCUUUUAUUAUCUAGCAGUCUGUUCAGAGGUGCCAUGCUUGAGCAUCUCCUAGCAAGUAUUUAAGACCUGAUUUUCAGAAGUGUUGAGUACCCACAGCUCCAUCUGAAAUCCAUGGGAGUUGCAGCUGUUGAGUGCUUCUGGAAAUCAAGCCUGUGCAGUAUUACUGCAGCCCUUAAUUCCCCACAGCCUUUUAAAAAGAGUGCAAAGUCCAUUUUAUUAUUCCAGUGCUUUCAGGUUACAGUCGAGUGUCUUAUAAUAUGUUUGGCCCACUCACUCCAAACAGCUUUGUUUAAUGGACAAGUGUCAAAGCUCUAAGCAGAUUAUUGUGUGUGGAACACAGGGUAGAGAUCAGGUGGUCUUUAGAAAGUCUGAACAAAUCUGCCUCAUGAAAUGGUCAGGAACAUUCACCAGCUCAGGCAAAAAACAAGAAACAAACCCCGCAAUGACUUACUUGCAUUUUACAAUAAUGAAGCCCUCAAAAAGCCCUCAUCCGCUCAAAGAAAGAAUUCUCAUUCCAGGCAACAGGCCGGGCAGAAGUCUAUGGGAGUGGAUUAUCUGAUUGGCGGUAAACACCAUAUUAGAUCUUCAGAGUCAGUGGUUGAGCAAUGAACGAGGAGGCCUGCCCCGCAGACUGGGUUGUCAUUUCCUCGGUCCGUCCAAAUCACUGGAUUUCUGGCAAAAGGCUCUCCCUGGCCUCCGCUGGUUUUGGUGCCCUGGGGAAGCCAGUGAUCUGUACAUGUCGAAACAGAUCUUGGCGUUUUUUACUUUCGGUCAAAAUCUGGGCCCUUGGAAUAUAAACAGGCAAAGCAGCAUUGUGUAAAUCCCACCACCUCCAAGGAGCUGUUAGAGAAGCUACUCCCAGUGGACGGGUCUUGCCUCAGCAGAUGAUACUUCUUCAGCAUGAUCCUAAAGCUAGUGGCUGGACAUAACCCAUCACUCAACCCCCCAGGCAUGGCAGUUCUCCUUCACGCUGGUAUAAUGGCCUGUGGUUUGCUGCCCCAGCUAGGGAUUGGGAGGGCAGCCCAGAAAGGGGCUUGUGCAAUAGUAACAGAGGUAGUAAAGUAUGUCGAAGCUGGUAGCGAAAGGAUGUGAAAUGAGAGGAAGUGAGAGAGAUUGGGGAGAAAAGAAAGGCAGGAGGAGAGAGGGCAAGACAAGAAACAAGGAUGGAAACUGGAGCAGCUGAGAAGGUACAAGCCCAAGGCCGAGAACUGCAUAGCACAGAUCUUGUUCCCACGCGGAUGGAAAAAGAUACAUAUCCCCGAAGAAGAGGUAUAUAUGGUAGCUCCCCGAUUCCACUGUUACAGGCACGCCUAAUGCUCGCUAGUCUGAUAGUCAAUACAGGACUAUAGGGAGUUUCUGAUGGGAAAUAAGGUUCCAAGUGUUCAGCCCAGUUGAGGAAUUUCAUCUCUGUAGUCAGAAUGGGCUGAGAGAGUAACCCCCGGUUAACUGCACUAAAGAUUGUGCCCUGUGUCAUGAAUAGCCAUAUUCAUCCCUGGUGGUUUUAAUGCUGCUACACCGGAGCUGGGUUUGGCCCAACAUGUUUAUCCUUAAAAGGCCACUGGCAAGAUUUUAAAAAACCCUGUACAUUAAUAAUACAGAUUAGUAAAACCGCAAAGCUGUCUGAAAAUCACUUUCCUCCAUUAAUACUCUUUAUUUACUGCUUGUACUUCACUCCCCGGGGGAACAAAACUAGACCGUCCACUUCCGGUUCACAGGCAGGCUUGCGGUCCAGUGCUCGGCAUUUGCACAAUGCUGUUGAGUUUGAGUUUCCACCAUGCAAAGCCACGUUGAGCUACAAAAAUAAACCACUUUCACUAGAAUUCUUCUAAACCAUUAUUCAAACCUUUACCUUCAUAGUAGGAUUUGAGAAAUUGUGUUUUUAAAAAUAAUUGUAAACGGUGGGCCUCCACCAUGUGAGUGCUGCUUUUAAAAUGUCUCAUAUUUGAGCUCUUGAGAGGAAAUAAACUUACAAUGAGCAGCCUCCAGGAAUGGAUGCUAACAGACCUGGUUAGCCCGGGGAGUGGCUAAUAUCAUUUUGCCUGCAGGAUUUAGCUAAAAUGCAGGUGCCAGGUGAGCCUCUAAAAAUACAGACACAAACGGGAUUACUUUAAAUAUAUUUUAUAUUUUUUGUUCUUCAGUGUAAUCAACCAUUGUUUGAAACAGCCCCACUGCCUCUAUAACUCUCCUCCCAGAUUGGCUUCUGUAAAGUUCUGCACAAGACUAUUAUUAGUGUCUCCAAACUCAAAGCCCUGCUGCCCUCAUGACACUACUGAACAGAAAGUUCUCACACAGCAUGGAAAUAAAUUCUAACCCGCUUAGAGAAAUAAGAGCAGUGCCUUGCAAAGAUUAAAAAACAGUAACAUCAUCCUGUACUAAUGGAAAGGAUGCUUCAGGCAGCUAUUUCUGAUUGAAUCACUGGUGACUAUGGUAACUAGAGAUAGCUCCCAACCAAUAUGCUAGACUUGAACUCCCUGCCCCUCAGCACACACAAACCUUGUUGAUGUUCCAGCUGGCUCUAAGCACUGUAGCUUGGGCCCAUCUCUAACAGGAACCUGCUUUUUAGAACCUGAUCCCUCCUUUCAUUGAAGUCAAGGGCAAAAUUCCCAUAUUGCUAGGAUCAAUUGUUCCUCUUUGCUUUUGCACCUUUGUCAGCAUCUGGAGAGGCAGCCGAGCUCAUGUGCACAGAUCUCUUGGCAAGAUGGCUUAACAGCAGUUAAGAGGCAGAACUUGAAAAGCCAGUGUUAUUUCCCAUGGUCUGGAUGAUCCCCACUCCUGUCUGUCGUUUGAUAGCAGCUCCACAUUGUCUCCACGUGUUGGAGCAGGGAGUGCUGUGAUAGAACUUCAUCUGCUCACUGCUGAAGGUCCCACCAGGAGCGUGUUAAAGAUGGCAACACGUCUAUUAUUUCAUUUGCAGCCGACUCCUUACCAGAGACUGGCAAUGUCUUGACUUGAUGGGUCAUUUACAGCCGUUCAUAUUCUUGGUUUUCUAUUAAAUGCCUUUUUCUCAAGUAAGCCCUGAUGCAAGUUGGGACUGGUGCAUUUUACAUGAACGCUGACUCAAGUUCCUGCAGAGGUGAGGAGGAGCCAUUUCCUAAAUUCGGCAAUGUCCAUGUCAGAGAGAAGAAUUUUUUAAUCAGCAGCUUAGGAACAGGGUUAAAUUUUGGAUGCUGAUCAAGUCUCCUCCUCCCUGCAUCCCCUGUUCAGUUCUCCUUUCCAUAGGCUGUUUGGUCAAUGUGUUCUGCAGCAUUAGGCUGUUUCAUGCACAUAAGGUGGCUUUAGAGGGAGAUUUCCUUGCUGGAGCAGACACCAGUAAAGAGCUGUAUGAGGUCAGUAAUUUUCUGCCUCCCGGCCAGCUCCUACCUGUUACUGUUACACAGUUCUACACCUCCACUUAUGACAUGCUGCAGGCACCCUGCAAAUGACAGUGAUGUCACAAAUUUAACAUGUCGUCACCCAGGCCCGGAGCCCAAAGCCCCCAUAACACUUGUGAUAUUUGGAGCUGACCUUUGUGUCCUGCAGAUCAGACAAGUGCUGAAUGGCUGCAAGAGAGACCGAGCGUGCAAGAGCAAAGCUUCCUAGAAACACAAAUUGCUUUGGGGAAUGCUACUCACCUUGUACACCUUACAAUGCCUGUGUCUGCUAAGCUGCUCGCAAGCAUUUCUCCCAGUAAGAGACGUCCCUCUUUAAAAGCCUCCAGCCUCACUAAUUGUCCAGGACAGCGAGAAGCAAAAACUACUCAAUUAGGACUUGAUCCAGCAGCAAUUGAAGUCAAUAACAAAGCUCUAGUCGCCCUCACUAGUGCCGGCCUGGGCCCUUAAGUGCUGUUAAAACAGAGUCACUAAGUCCAAUAGCCCGACUGCCUGUUUCAAUGGUGGCUCAUUUCUAAUGUUUAAAGUUGUAUUUUGUUUUAGAAGGAGAAUGCAAGGAACUUUGCUUGGAUGUCACUGUUCCGCACAACUGCAUGUUAUCCCUAGUCAGCAGGGGAAACCAAGCAAAACUACCAUCCCACUUUAUAUCAAGAGUUUAGAAAGGGUUAAUCAAUGAUUAAUAAUGUUUUACUGAAAGGUGAAAUCAUUGUUAGGUCACUAGGUUACUAUCACCAUGGCUUACAAGCAUCUAAAACACAGACUGUCCUCUCUGUAAUAUGUUUAUAGUAUCUGUGAAUCAUUUAUUAACCCUUUUUAAGCUGAUUAGAAAUGCACCUGCUAUAAAGUGUGACCAAACAUCUAAUGCUGUGACAGAGGUGUGUUCACACUGUGCUUGGCAGCCAUCACUAGAAGUACUGGUCUGCUACCAAAUUUCCUGUCCUAGUUCUUUAACGAUCAACCAGAGCCCUUCACGCUGAGGUUGGAUGGCUCUCCUAUCUUAAAACAAACAAAAAGGUGCUUAAAACACAGAACCUUUGUGUGCACGUGUGUAAAUAUUUAAAGAACACAAGAGUGGAUGUACGGUGUUGGUUUUGGAUUUCCAGUUUGUGGUUAGUUGUGUGAUGCUCCCAACUGAAAGGUUAAACAAACCAACCAACCUCUGGCUGGGAGCUGUUGUUCUGAUCUCCUACUUUAAUGGCUAUGCUGAGUUUUCAAUUUCUUUUUUAUUUGUAUAGGGGAAAUUACAGCAUGGACUCAGGGACAAAUACGUGCAUUGAGAUCUUUAAAAGUGCAUAUUUUAGAACCAUUUGAUUCUGAUGCAUUCUUUUAUUUCCUGGGAGGCUGUGGAUACUAAUCUGCAUGUCCUAAAGGAACUUGUGAAACCUAGUGAGAUGUCUUUUUAUUUUCUUAGCAUGAAUUGCUAGUACCGGCUGCCUUUUGGAAGAGGAAAAGAAUUUGAAUGGCACCGGUGUAACAGAUUUAAAGUUAGCAGUGUCCACUCACUAGCUAUGGGGCCACGCAGUGUGGAUUCCAGGAAUCACAUGGAAAUUGUUGAAAUACAAUUUAUUCCUCCUCUAGGCCAAUGUUAUUGGAAAUAUCUAGCUAGCUAUUUUUAAGCAAUAUAUUUUGAGAGGGCAUCAAAGCCCCCAAGGGCUUGGGGGCAAUGCCAAGAUCUUGGAGGCAGAGCUAACAACGGAUCUGUGCUCCACAUGAAUCACAAACUUGAGCUAGAUCUUGCUCCCAGUGGAGUCAAUGGGAGCAGGAUAGGGUCAGGAGGGUGCAAAAUGGUUUGGAAAAAGUGCAUUGAGAGUAAGAAGGGGGCAGGGGAGGGGGCACUGCAAUGGUUAUUUGUGCUCUCAGGAAUAAUGUUGUUUCUGAUUAUUUUUUUUUACAUUAAAAAAAAAAGGCACUGGGUGGAAAACAAAGUCCUGGGGGCACAUCUGUUUAGAAAGCCAGGUGGGUUUGGCUCUUGCUUUCUCAGUGGGCUAAUGCUGAGGACACAGCCGGCAUGGGCGGUGCAAGGGAGUAGAUCAUCUAAAUAGGUCUUGCCCAUCUUUAGAGCCUAGGAGCCAGAUCCCUGUGAGGUACUACCUCCCCCCCCACCCACAUGACCCAGGAGAGCGCUCACAGCAGGUCAGGCUCUAUGCGAGGGGAGGGGCAGACUGGGAGGUGGAGCCAGGGGGAUGACUGUCACCCCUCUCCAACGGGUGUAACUUGCAUGGGAAGGGCAACAUUUCACCAGGCCAGAUUAUCUCUUCUGCAGAGCUCCUCUGCAGGGGAGCCAGGGCCAGAGCCUCUGCCUGGAUGACCCUGCCUGCCCAUGGAUUCUCCCACAAUUGGCCUGGUGCAGAAUCAGAACUCACAUUCUCUGCCAUGCAGCAGUAAAUUCUGCCCUUCUUAGUGGCAGGGGAUGAGGGAACCGCUUCGCCCCAUAAAACACCACUGGCCCUGCUUUUUUGAAGUCAACAAGAGGUUAGCUGUUGGCUUCAAUCAGGGCACAGUAUCCAGCACAAAGCUGGGUGAAAUGCCCCCCCCCCCUUUCUUUUAAAACAUUUAUGUAGAACCAAGUAUACUAGCAUUCUGCAUAUAACACACCUCCAAGGUAAGUGAUCCCGGUUCAGGGGCUGAAUUCAAAAGCGAGUCACAGUAGCCAUUUCAACCAUUUAGUCCUAGAUCACAAACACACAAGCAGUCCGUGAUGCUAGACUCUGCCUACUGCAUUUUGGCUGAGGAGCAGCACCUUCUGGCCGACAAGCUGGGUGCCAUGGAAAGCACAUCCGCCAGCAGAGCUGCCCUUGGAAACCAGCAUCUACAAGUACCACUUCUGAGAGGCACCCGCUCUGCUGGGAAAGCCCAGCCUUGAGGAAAGUCAAUUCGGUCCAGUGGGGCCCCUUUCUUUUAAUAUUGCAAAGUACAAAUUUAGGUUUGUAGCUCAUCCAAAAGCUCCUCUCUUUAGGACUCUGUUAUUUCUCUUUGUAUAUUUUAAAACCGUAUGUAGCUGUAUGUGGAGCAGUUUCCUUUUCUCCCCCCCAACCCCUGGGGGGAUGCCAUGCACAGUACCAAACUCCUCUGCGAUGUAAGAAGCCCACGUUUGCAAGGGCAUCUGGCUAGGAUAAUUUCCAGCCCAACCCCCUUGCAUAGAUUGGAGCUGAAAUUGGUGGUUUCCAGGUAUGGAAGAGGUGGCUAUUUUAACAAAUGAGCAUGGCAGAUAUUUGUUAUUUAAUAAAUAGACAAAUAUGACUGCAGUGAAAGGUGAAGGUUCAGCAAUGGUCACUAAACUAGCUAAGAAAGCGUUCACUUCCCUUGAUAGUGGUUCUCCACCAUUUCCAUAAUGUAAAACUAUAUUACAACAGAAACAAUCUUUGGGACCCCAUACCCAUCUAGCUAGUUGUGACACACACACACACACACACACUCUCUCUCUCUCUCACCUCCUGUUGGAGAGCCCCAGGUUGAGCACGAAUGCUUUAAAAUAAGAUGGGAGACAAGUAUAUGUCUGGAUGAUGCAUCUACUCCCCCAAGCUCUGAACUUCUCCAGGAACGUGACCAUUCGUUCAUGGCAUGGAUACCUAACAGUACAAAGAAUAGUAUGAUGCCGUUGUCUGCACUGAUGGCGCACCUUACCCUGUAAGUCAGAUGGUUACUUUCUCUUUAAACAGACUGAAUUGGAAAAGAGGAGGAGAAGCAAAACUGCUUGAGGUCAAGGAUGUGGAAUUUUGUCUGUAUCCCCAGGGCACCUUUGGAACCUCUUCUUUAGACUCUCUGGGCCUCCUUCUCCUCGUCCACAGUUUUUAACUUCACUGACCUCUCUCUGGCCAAUUUGACUCCCAUGUAGGAUCAAAGUCAGGCCAACCCUAGUCUUUUUUCCUUUAGUUUCAGGUGCCUCUUCUAUGCCAUUCUAGAAGAACCUUUGACUAUUCUGCAGUUUGGUGACAAAAGUGGCUCAUAGGCAGGGCAUGCUUUCAUGUCAGGAUUGACCCGUUCUGGAAGGGAAGUUAAAGUAAUUCCCCAAUGUGGUCAUAGCUGUUUCCAAAGCUUGAGGGAAAGGGCAGGCAAGGGCAAACUGGUUAUGUUCACCUCCAUCCAUUUCUCCUGCAGCUGUUCCUGUGAGCUGUAAGAGAUGCAGCCAUUCUGUGAACACCUCCGUGGCCGAGCUCUCAUUCCACUGAACUGCUUGGGAGUUUUGCUAAUGGGAGGGGGCAUAGGGAGAUUAGAAGAAAGUCUAUUUAUAAAUAAAAAUGGGGGGGGUGAGAGGAGGAAGUGUUCUGCCAUGGUUAGUAAAUCACUUUUGUUCUGACGUGUGAGAGUUUUGUGAAUCCUCAUAACAGCGGAGAUGCUGCCUCCCCUUUCUGCUCACCCCCAAAAAGGCAGCCUGGCAGCUGGAGCAUGCCACAGUGGGCAGCUCUUGGAGCGCAGAAGUGAAAGGGUGACAGCACUCUCGCCAAUCAGAAACACAGCGUCAGAUUUUUAAAGGGCCUCUCUGUAGCCUCUGGCUUUAUGCUCUUGAUGCCGGCACAAAAAGGCUCUUUCUAAAAAGUUAGCUCGUGAAAUUUAAUUUUAAAAGAUCCCACAUUUUCCUCAAAAAAAUGGUUAUAUAAAAUGAACGGCUCCAUCUAGUAUCCAAGCUGAUGCUGACUUAUUCCUUCUUUGCUCAAUAAACACCUGCAGCUUCAAGUUCUUUCCACCUCCCGACCCCCUUUGUUUACAAGCAGGUAGAGGAUGUGGGUUAGCACCUGAUGAAACAUUCAGCCCACACCCGUCUAAACCCACUUGAGCAACACCAACUUCCCUAAUAAUAGGUCUGCCCCAUUAGGCUCUGAGAGAUGUCAGGCUCAUUGUUCUGGCUCAGCACGUGCUCUUCUCCACAUUAGCUGCCUGGAGCUACUGGCUCUUCUGUCAGAGGGAGUCUACACUAGCCCCCAUUGUUAUGGCCACCACCAUCACUGCUCAGCCUUCCUACAUGGAGAUUCAGACUUUGGGUGAAAGCUGGCUCCACUGAAGUCAACAGCAAAACUUUAUUUGACUUCAGUGGAGCCAGGAUUUUACAUGGGAGAUCCUAUUCCUUGUGGGUAGAGGGGAAAAAGCCACCCUAGUAGCAUGUAACUUGUAUGGGGUCCACCUGUAUGAGAACCCCUAAAUGUCUUUGCUGUCCCAACUCUUUCUUGCCUAAGAGCGGGCAGGGGAGCAAAGCUGACCAUAAAUACAAACGAUCUUAAACACCCAAUUCUCACUGCAAACAACUUGUAUCUAAUUCACUUUUGUGCUUUCAAAAUCCAGCUUUUCCCGUUCCUGAGAAAAAGGUACAGCUCACACUGUAACAGCAACAUAGUAAUAUUCUUUUCUAUUGUAUCAGAACUGUAUCUGUAAUGUAGCAUUUGAGUGUUGCAAUAUUGUGUGUAUAUAUCUCUCUACUCCCACAACUAGGUAUUAUACUCAUAAUACUCUCCUAUAUGCAUUAUACCUCUUCAUAGUGUAUUGACUGUGUAUGUGCCUUUCACUCUUUUGCAUGGUUUGGUAACAAAUUAGGAAACCAUAGUUAAAGUCCUAUGCAAAAAACGACUGGGAAUUUAAAUACAAAAAAAAUUCUGCAGCUGUAUGUUAUUGUGGAAAAAAAUAGAUCUGGGAUUUUCAAAGGAGCCGACAGAGUUAGGCCCCCAAAUACCUUUAUUUUGGUACCUAAAUCCCCAUGCACCUUUGGGAACUCCUGCUUAAAAUCUGAUUUCCCACCAGUUUGAGGGUGAAGAUAGAGUAUAAAGAUGACAUGACUACCACCAGCACUUUGCCAAAACACACUGUAUGUUAAAAAUCCAUCUUUCUUCCUUUCAAAGGCUUAUCUAAAGAGGAGGCACUAUUUGGUUUGAAAGGGUUGCCUUAAACCUUCUUAAAAUGAGUUUGAGAACAUUUUCUGGUUUUGCCACCUUCUUUCCCCUCCCUCCACACCACCACCACUCUAACAAGCAACAAAUUUUGAGUGUGUGUGCAUUUGACCUGUUUAGAACACAACCCAGAUGACCAAGCAGAUGAAACUCCUAGUUGGUUUUUUCCCCCAGCUCUGUUCAGCUGAGAGGGUGAUUUAAACCUUAGAAUCUAUUGUAUGCCUUACAAUAGCAGGACAACUUUUAAAACAGGGGUUUUGAGAAGCCAAAAAAAAAAAAAAAGCCCCA